GUCCCCCCAUCACCGCGCCAGUCAUCCAAAGGAUUGUAGUUGAAGGUUUCUCUCGCAUUUUCUAUCACAACAUCGGUGUCCGUUUUUGGUCUUCCAGCGGCAUUCAAACGUGUCUCUGUGCGUCAUGCGUAACAGCUGUGUGUAAAAUACAAUCCGGAAGUAUAAGCAUCCAAAGAUGGCGUUCCUCUCGUAGAAGGCACUUACUGGAAAAUUAACUAUUGCUAUUGUUUAUUGAUUGAAGUUGCAUUUUAACAGAUACAUGAUGUCUCUGGAAAUGUUUGCCUGCUGUUGAUGAAAAGAUAUUUCCCUCAACCAGAAUGGCAGGAGUACAAUAUACUGCAGUCGGCGGCGAUUCCUAUACGGAAAACCUAAUUGGAACUUUGCUGGCCAUUUUUGGUAAUUUGCUUGUCAGCAUCGCUGUAAGCAUUCAGAAAUACAGCCAUGUAACAUUAGCAGGGACCAAGGACCCCCGUGCCUUUUACCGAACCAAAACAUGGUGGUGUGGCCUGGUACUUACCGUUCUAGGAGAAGCAGCCAACUUUGUCUCCUAUGCCUUUGCACCUUUAUCUCUAAUAGCUCCAUUGAAUGCAGUGUCUGUCAUAGCAAGUUCAAUCUUAGGUUUCAUUUUCCUGAGAGAGAAAUGGAAGCCAAAGGAAUUUUUAAAGCGAUACGUUUUGUCUUUCCUUGGAUGUAUCUUGACGGUAGCCGGGACCUACCUCUUUGCCACGUUCGGACCCAACUAUCACCAGAAGCUUACUGCGGAGAACAUAGUGAAACAGGUCGUAGGAUGGCCCUUCCUCUUGUAUGUGUUCCUGGAGAUUAUUACCUUCUGUCUUCUGCUGUACUUCUACAAGCAGCGCAACGCUAAUUACCUUGUUGUCAUUCUCCUGCUGGUGGCGCUGCUCGGUUCUGUGACGGUCAUCACAGUGAAAGCGGUGGCAGGCAUGCUGGUUCUCAGCGUCCAGGGCACCAUGCAGCUCAACUACCCCAUCUUCUACGUCAUGUUUGUCUGCAUGGUUGCCACCGUGGUCUUCCAGGCUACGUUUCUCUCCCAGGCUACUCACCUGUACGACUCCUCCAUGAUAGCCUGUGUGAACUACAUCUUAUCCACGUCCUUUGCCAUUGUCGCAGGAGCCAUAUUUUACCUGGAGUUUAAUCACGAAGACAUUCUUCACAUCUGCAUGUUUUUGUUGGGAUGUUUCUCUUGUUUCCUGGGAGUCUUCCUGAUCACCAAGAACAGGAAGAGGCUAAAGGCCUUUGAACCCUAUGUGACAAUGGACAUGUCGCAAGGUAUUCCCACCAUUCACGACAAGGGCUGGCGAGCGGUGCAGCCGGACUAUAACGGUUCAUUUUCCUACGGUGCCCUGGUUAACAAUGACAGCGUGGCGCCCGCCACUCUACCAGAGCUGGAUCAUGACCAGCUGGCAGUCACACCCAGUCCCACCGCUGCCCCCUAUAGUUCGGCUGACCUGAAGAACGACUGAGGCACCCUUCAGACGUGCUUCAACCCCCUUUCCCCCCCGUAGGCUGCGUCUCAAUCCUCCACCCUUCUCCUGAAGUGGUGCACACGUCUGGAAAAGGGUUCAGAAUAGGGAUGUAACCAUAGACUCAGUGUAGGAUGAUGUCAUCAUUACUAUGUUACCCCCAUCUGGCCAUGUCUAACAAUAAGGAAGUGUUUUGUGGGUUGUCCGAAUCAUGCUGUACAGCAGUGGUUCCCAAACUGUGGGGUGCCCCCCCCCAAAAUAAACAUUUAUUAUUGUUCUUUUUUAGGGGGGGGGGGCACCCAGUCCAACUUUCAACUUACUCUUGAAAGUUGUAAUAGUAGAAUGCAGAAGGUGCAAUUUCUAAAUUGGUUAGUGCAUCAUCAGUUCUUCUUGUCAUGUCAGUCAUUGCCUUCCUUAGUGAGCUAUGUAGAACUUGUCUAAAAAUGUCCAGAUCAACUAGCCCAUGUCGGCUAACAUUUUCUAGAUAGGUUUUUUAGCCCUUAGAUUUUAUGUUUGAGUCACUCAAAUAUCACAUUAAACAUGACAAAAUUUGCUUUAAAUGGGGGGGAUGUUCCCCAAUGCUGGAAGGGGGGUCUGGGAUGUUCCCCAAAACUGGAAGGGGUGUCUGAGUGAAAGUUUGGGGACCCCUGCUCUACAGUAAUUCAACUGAGCUAUAUACUCCUCUUUUAAUGUCUUCCUAUCGCCAGACUGCAAUGAGGGGCAUUUCAACCAUGACACAUUAGCUUUAUUCCUGCAAUGAGACAUUAGCUUUACUUCUGCAAAUCAUUCCAAGAAAGGUACUGAAGUAUCCUGAAGUCGUCACUGACCACGGACAAACAUCGACCUGGAUCCACGCAAUCCAGGCCCAUAGACAUCAUGUCAUACCUUUGGACAUUAAUGUGCCUUAGACUAAAGCACCCUGCCUGUUUCUCCCUGCUGUUGUCUUGUUCGCCACAUAAGAUUGAGUGACUUAUUCCAUGUUAAUGCAUUUCUGCAGGAUUUCUUUUAAUAGACUUGCCAAUGAAUACUGUCUGCAGUUUUCCUUGUAUGUUUUGUUUGAGCAGUUGAAGUCACCCCACAAUUCUGCCUCUGACGAGCAAGACGGUGUACGACUGCUUAGUCCCAAAAUGGUUAUAAACUGUUAUUGUUUGAAGUUAUUUUAGUUGCAUUUGAAUCAUCAAGUUGUAGUUGGGACUAUGGUCUUAAAUGCACAAUGAUUGUGUGAAUUUCAUGUAAAACUGAAAGAAAUGGUGGAAGAUGUUUAAAAAAAAAAACAUAUUUAUUGUGUUUGAAGCAUUAUAUGAUGAAGGUUGGGAGGCUUUAUUCAAGUGGUCUUCUUGUGUUAGGAAUGGAUUUGACGCUCGGGCUUCGUAUCUACAUAGCGUCUGACUGGGAGUGCUGAUCUAGGAUCAGGUCCACCCUCUCCAUGUAAUCCUGGACUCUAACUCUGAGACGCUUUGUGGCUACGGUCCCUGUUCUGCUCACCACACUAUCCAUUUAUAACAAUGUCAAUGAGUGUGACGCCACUUUUCCGCUCUUUUUAAAUACAUAUGUUUUUAAGUUGGAAUCUACCAUAGUUUAGCUGCAUUUAUUAUGUGGACUAAUGGGAUUCUGAAUGUCUUAAGUUAUAUAGAUGUUAUGACAAUUUCCUUGUAUCACUGUGCAAGCUAAACCAAUAUGAAGAAAUGUGUGAGUGACUGAGCUGAUUUACAAUAGACUACUAUGUCUCUGGUCAACACUUGUUGUUUGUCAUUCUGCCAGUCUUUUCUAUGAAUAGAAAAUCCAGUGGCACUGGCACGACCAAUGAGCUCACAGUAUACUAUUGUUUUCUUCCUGUAAUGAAUGAUUUGUAACCCAUAACCUCAUUGCCACCACUGCUGCUGUAUUAUGAACUAGGUAAGCAAAUAAAAAAUAUACUACUGA